ACAAACAAGCAAAAUCGGGAAUUCUCUUUUGAAAUUCUUUUACUCAAUAAACCCUCGCGGUUACCUGUUGAGUUAUAUUAAUAUAUUUUACCCUGUUUUACGGUGGUGCACCAAGAAUCCUGAUUUAACAAAUAAAAAAUUCAAAAUGUCUGGAUUGAGUAAUCUUCAGAGUAUUUACAACAACAGUCUCAAAUCGUUAUCUCGCAACACUGGCAGAAUAAUAAAAGAUGUAAAGAAAGAUGAUGAGCUUACAGCCAGAAAAAAUGGCAUUCCUACUGAAGAUAAAGGAUUUAGUCCUCCAAAUUUUCCCAUUACCCGAAACAUGUUUAUAUUAUCUGUCUUAUUCUGGACAACCAUUGCAAUGCUAGUAUACUUAUGUAUUAGUUAUGGCACAUUGUAUACAAGAAUUACUCAGGAGGAUGAUUUACACAAACUGUGUGAGAAUAAAUUUGGGACACGGGAAGAAAAUUUUAAAAUUAUAGAAGAUUACCCUUUAGGUGAUGCUGGACCCUAUUUGAACCGGCUACGACCAACAAAAAAGGAUGACCACAAGAUGGAAUCCAAAGAGCUACCACCCAUUGUUACUGCCAUUGCUUCAAACCAAUUUUAUCAGUUUCAAGGUCUGGUAAAGCACCUAACAGAAGAAGUUCAGACAGCACAUUCUGAUAUGAAGUUUAUAGUCUAUGAUCUUGGCCUUUACAAGACAGAAAGAGAAAUAGUUGAAAAAUACUGUAACUGUCAGGUGAGAGACUUCAGAUUUAGUGAGUACCCAUACCAUGUUGCAGAUACUUCCAACUUCUCAUGGAGGCCUAUACUUCUACAGCUCCUGCUUCAAGAAUUUGGAUCUGUUGUGUAUAUUGAACCAACAACGCGCUUCAAGAAGUCAACAUCCCCUAACUUUCUUCGCAAUCGAGGCUCAAAGAACUACUUUCUGUGGGACCCACCCAUUGUGAUGUCUCUUAUUGGAUAUACAGAUAAAGCCAUGUUUGAAUUCUUUAAAGAAGACAGGUGUCUUUUUAAAGAAGGCAGCAUUCUUAGUUCUGAAGCAGUAGUGCUCUACAGGACUGAAGUCACUUGGAAUGAACUUAUGAAGCCAUGGUUAAAAUGUGCUCUUAAUGCUGAAUGUAUUUCACCAGAAGGGGCUUUGUUUUCUGGAUGCUUUGAAAUUCGUCACCCUCGAACAACUGGAUGUCAUAGAUACGACAUGUCUGCUGCUAGCAUAAUACUCAACAGAGGUGUUCAAUAUACCAUUGAGAGAGAAAAAAUGGUUUCCUUCAGACUGACUUACUCAAAUGAUGAGGAAAUUAAAUAUUUCCCAGAACAACCAUGGACAUAUCGGCAAAUUAUUUUACUGAUUAUAACACCUGUAGCUUUGAUAAUCAUGUAUAAACGUUUUUUCAGGAGAAGAUUGUGUAGAUUGUAGGGAUCUAUCAUUUUAAUUCAGCACUGCCUUUGUACAUUUGCAAUAUUUAUAUACAAAUG